AUGGCGAGAGAGAGAAGUCAGGAGAGCAGUGAGCUGCAAAUGAAAUGGCCAAAACAUCACAAAAGGCCAAGGAGUCCACAGACCUUCAGAGGAGGCAGUAAGAGGAGGAAGAGAUGCCGUGCUCAAGCCAGAAGACCUGCCCCACUGAAGAUUAGCAGUUAUGAAGUCCACAAAGUCCUUGGGCGAGGAAGUUUUGGCAAAGUAAUGUUGGCUACACUCACCAGCAGGAAACAACUUGUGGCACUUAAAGUCCUGGAGAAAAGACCAGAGAUCAUGAAGGAACACCGUGCCCUGAAGAUUGCUGGGGGAAGCCCUUUUCUUUGCCAUGCCUAUGCAGCAUUCCAGUCAAAGCUGCAGGCCUUCUUCGUCCUGGAGUACGCCAGUGGGGGCAGCCUUUCUGCUGUGUUGGAGAACGGACCCUUUCCAACAUCUACAGUCAUGUAAGUGACACAGUACUUGAAAUGGUGGAACUUGGGAUGACAGAAAGAAUUUGCUUUCUAAGUGUUAGAGGAUCUAUUGAGACGGAGGGGGAGAAGAAAAUCAUUCUAAAAUCAGAAUUUUAUUAAUAGAAUUUGAAUUCAUGUUUUGAGUAGUAAAAAUAAAUCAUUAUUUCAGAAUUUGCCUUUAUGGAAUAAUCUUGUGUUAAAUUAGAGUUGUGAAUGACUUUCAUAGAGUUGUGUGAGUUGGUGAUGCUAAGAGAAUGCCAGACAUUAUGUAGCCUUUCUUCUUGAGGGAGCAAAAACAAGCAACACAGCACAGAAACGUCUAAAUGCAGAUUAACAGGACAUGGAAAAUCAUAUUCACUGGGGGGAGGGGUUGCCAAUUUGGUAGGAACCAACUAAUGAACAAAAUUGCUUCUUACUCAAGCCUGGAACUGGCCUGGGUUUCUUUCUGUCAGAUUGUUUGUGAUUCUCCCAGGGUUACCUUGUGCCACCCUGAGUGGGCAUAUGCAUAAUGUUUCAAGGGGUCCCUGGUAGAAUGAUAGAAACUAGUAACAUGCCCCUCUGAUGGACAGAAUUCUGGAUUGGUAGAUUCUUACAGCAGAGGAGCUCCAGCCAAGUGGAAAAAGUAUUUUUAUUCAGUGGGUGCCUUUCAAAUUGGUGCUCCUACGGACUUUGACUGCCGAGCAUGGACAGCCUGCUUCAAAUCAUCCCGUAGGUUUUUUAUGAUAUUCAAGACAGGGG